CCUGAGUAAAAACACCGACCCAAUCCUUCUUCACACUAUCACUUCCACUUGAUCAAGAACACAUCUUUCCAGAUCAAUUUUUCAAAACCCAUCACCCAGAUUUUGUAUUCGGAUCAUCCAUCAAUUGGGUAAAGAUAGAUUAUCAACAAUGGCGGUAGCAGGAAGAGGAGGGAGGGGAGGCGGUUCUGGGUCGGUUAUUCGAACCAUAAUGUCAUAUCCGAUCUUUGUUUCCCUCAUUCUUUGUUUUCUCUUCCUUGCUGCUCUUAAACUUCUUAUUAUUUCGCCUUAUUCUUCUUCUUCAGAUCCAGAGAUGGCAAUGACAGGAAAUGCAUAUAUUCAUAGGUCAUUUUUAGCUUUGAAGUCAGAUCCGUUGAAAACAAGGUUUGAUUUGAUUCAUAAACAGGCACGUGAUCAUAUGAUGCUUGUUAAUGCAUAUGCUUCUUAUGCACGGAAACUGAAACUCGAUAAUUCACGGCAGCUUAAAAUGUAUGAUGAGUUGGCACAGAAUUUCACAGACAUGUUGUCUAAACCCGCUUAUCGUGCUGCUUUGUUUGAGACCGAAGGCUCUGUUGAUGAGGAUACCUUGAGGCAAUUUGAGAAGGAAGUGAAGGAUAAAGUAAAGACUGCAAGGGCAAUGAUUUCCGAAGCUAAAGAGUCAUAUGAUAACCAGUUGAAGAUUCAGAAGUUAAAGGACACCAUAUUUGCAGUUCACGAGCAGUUUCUCAAAGCUAAAAAGAAUGGUGCAAUGGCAAGCUACAUUUCUGCAAAAUCUGUGCCAAAAAGUUUGCAUUGCCUUGCAAUGAGGCUUGUUGGUGAGAGAAUUGCAAAUCCAGAUAAAUACAAGGACGAAGAGCCAAGACCUGAAUUUGAAGACCCAACCUUGUAUCAUUAUGCGAUAUCCUCCGAAAAUGUUAUUGCUGUAUCAGUCGUUGUGAAUUCACUGGUGAAGAAUGCUAAAGAGCCAUGGAAGCAUGUUUUUCAUGUGGUGACAGAUAGGAAAAUUGUUGCAGCAAUGAAGGUUUGGUUUAAGAUGAGACCUGCCGGAGGAGGAGCCCAUGUUGAAGUGAAAGCUGUGGAAGACUUUACAUUUUUGAAGCCAUCUUAUGUGCCGGUGCUUAGACAACUUGAAUCCGCAAAGUCACAAACACAUGACUCUGAGAAUCAGGCCGAGAAUGCCGCUAAAGAUUUGAACAGCUUGAAAUUUACAAUUUCCAAAGGCUUGUCAAUGUUGAGUCAUGUUCAUUUUUACUUGCCAGAGAUGUACCCUGACCUGCACCGUAUUGUGCUGUUGGAUGAUGAUGUUGUGGUUCAGAAGGAUUUGACUGAUCUAUGGAAUGUCGAUCUCGAUGGUAAGGUGAAUGGGGCUGUUGAGACAUGCUUUGGUUCCUUCCAUAGGUACUCGAAGUACUUGAACUUCACUCAUCCUUUAAUUAAGGAGAAUUUCAACCCCAAAGCGUGUGCAUGGGCAUAUGGGAUGAACAUUUUCGACUUGGAUGCUUGGAGGCGUGAGAAAUGCACAGAGCAGUACCAUUACUGGCAGAACUUGAAUGAAGACGGUUGCUUGUGGCAGUUAGGAACAUUACCGGCUGGCCUGGCUACAUUCUACUCAAAAACUAAGUCAUUGGACAAAUCCUGGCAUGUCCUUGGGCUUGGUUACAAUCCGAGCGUGAGCAUGGAUGAUAUUACCAAUGCAGCCGUCAUUCAUUUUAGUGGGAGCAUGAAGCCUUGGCUUGAUAUUGCAAUGAAUCAAUAUAAGGAGCUAUGGACGAAAUAUGUGGAUAACGACAUGGAGUUGCUGCGCAUGUGCAAUUUCGGCCUGUAGAUGCUUACAAUUUUCCUCUUUCGGCAGACAGGUAACUGGAAAGUGUUAUAUAGUCAACAGUUCAUCCGAGUUACUUUUACUCAUUAGAUCUGCUUGCGAGUUCCUCAGAAAAGUUUAGUUAUGCUAACACCAUUCUUUUUUACAUAUUGGUUUUAUAUUUUCUGUUUUGAUCCAUUGUUCAUGUUCCAUCAGCUACUAAGGUGCUCCUGUCGGGCUGUCGUGAAACACCCAACUCGGGUAUGUUAUAUCAGGAUGUAUUUUUUUCCUUAUACCAUUCAAGUGACUGGAUGGAAAUUAUACACUUGCUGUUACUAGUUCUUAAAUGUAUGUAUAGAUAACUUGAUUGAUUGAAAGUGGUUUACAUAAGUAUUCUCUUAAUGGGUUUUGGCCGUUAAGGAACCAAGAACGCAGUUUACUAGUUGGAGUAGCUCAUGAAUCCUUAGUGAUCCCCAGCCCCUUGGAUACAUCAUAUACAUUGGAAGAGCUUGGAAAUCCCCUUGUUUAUUACUUCUUUGUAGAUUUAUGAAAGUGUAGUUAUUUCCCUCUUAAGUGUGUGUAAGGCUUUGAUCGGCACAACGUGGCUUUACUGCUAUCUGUCUAUGAGUAGUUGUAGAUGUUGAAUACUAACCAUUUAAUAAGUAUUUAGUUGUGUAAAAAAAAAAAAAAAUUGUUUGUUGUGACGCGUAAUUAGCUGUAUAAAGAAAUAAUGUUGGGUAUAAGUAGCAUUAUACUUAUGGUAGUUGUAAUAUUUGUUGAGAAAAAAUAGUGAAAUUGUUUUGGAAAGCUAAAAGUAGCCUCAUACACUAUUUGAACAGCUAAUUUGCCGAUCAAUGUAUUUCUAAAUAGAGUUUUAAUCUAAUUAAAGCACUAACUAUUAAUUAAUAUCAGCCUUAGCCUCCAAAAACUAUUCUUUUAGAUAAUUAAUAUCAUGUAUCAAUGCUUCAAUAAACCAAUAUCCUCCCCCUUUGAAAACUAUACUACCUCAAAUAAAUUGAGGGGCUGAUUUAUUAGUUCAUAUAAACAACCCAAUUGUUACUUGGCAUCAAAUGUAAUUGAUUCUUUAUCAGAACAUGCCUUAUAUUAGUUUAUAUUAGUCUCUUGAGUUUGCUACUUAGAAGACAUCAACAACUAUAUUGAAAUGCCUUAAUUCUAACAGAUUGAGGUAAGUUCUAUGAAUGAAUAGAUUAUUUUCAAUUAUCGUCUAGCCAUUUAUUUUAAUUUUCUACCAUUAAAUCUUAUUGGACUUUCUUUCCUGUUGGCUGUUGGCUGUUGGCUGUUGGCUGUUGGCUGUUGGCUGUUGGGUGUUCCCUUGGAAAUAAUAGCUUUUAAUUUCUGCCUUUUGUUAACAUGUACCUCUUGUAAUGCACUUUCAGAAAUACUGUUAAAUAUAAUUGUUCAUUUAAUUGAUUUUGUAAUAUACUAAUAUCACCUGAAUUCAAUUCUUUGAAGAAUGCAUUAAUUCCCAUAACAUCACCAAACAGAAUAUCCCACAGGCCACAGCAUAUAAGAAAGAAUCUGUGGGUUCCCUCUUUCCUUUUGUUAAACUUUGCCACCCACACAUGUCUCCCAUCAUUAACAGUAGUUUUUCUUUUGUCCUUUAUUUCCUUUCUUCCCCCUCAUCAUCAUCUUCUUUUUCGAGUCGCCGCAUCCCACUAACAUAAACUAAUAAUUUAAAAAACAGAGUUACAGGUAGUGUCAUUAGCUAUUAAUUUUUGGUAAUUGGAAAUUUUAUAUCUUAUCUUUUAAAUUUCACUUUGAUUGUGAGCUAUUUAGUGGUAUUAGGGUAUUGGACUGCUAAAAUUAUCGAGAAUACUCACCAAGUUAAGGUUGCAUGUAUUCGAUUUCUCGUUAUAUUUCUAGAACGGAGCUACUUCACUUUGAGAUAAUGAUAUGUCGGCAAUUUUGUCAAAAAAUUAUGAAACAACUACUUUGUUCGUAUUAGGAGUUAAUCCCAUAUUUUUUUGGUAAAUGGAGCCAAUUCAAGGAGUAGGAGCCAGGGUUAUACUCCUUCCGUUUCUUUAAAUUUGUUACGGUACAUCUAAAGAACUCCUUUUUAAUUUGUGUUAAUCAAAACCUUUUCAAACUUAUUGUGGCAUCCUAAUCUUUAUUGCUUAAAACUAAAGGUCUGUUUGUAUGAAUCUGUUUUGUGGGGUCAUAGUGUUUUUGAUGUACACCGAUUUAUUGAAGCAUGCACAUAAAGCUAAUACCUGUUAAGACUUCAGUCAGCUGAUUUUGCAGACAUUUGCUGAAAUUGAUUGUUAUUAUUAAGGGUCAAUUUGAAACAAUUUCUUUA